GAAUCGAGUUUAAAACCGUCAACGGCACUUCGGAGGCGGUUUAGUUGAAGUCAAACGCGCAUUCGGAAAACAUGUCGAAUUUCAAUCGCAUUCUGAUCGUCAUUGUUAUCGGGUUGGCACUAGUUCAUUUUAGUGCUGUGGAUGCCCAGGCCGGUACGGUGCACUGGAACAAUGGAAAUGCGGCCGGCGUGGGCGUCUAUUCGAACGCCCAGUCCGGCGGGAUGCAUCCGCCGGGAAGUCUGAGUGGCCAGGAUCCGCAAUACAGCUACGGAUACGCCGGCAUCGAUUCGCGUGGUUCCUACGGCGGAGCGGGCGGCAAUGGAGCCUACUACGUGGGCGGCACGGACGAGCACGGUCGCCCCUUCUCCUACAGCAACCAGGUGGGCCAGCCCGGCCAGCCGGGCUACAUGGGCGUACGGCCGGACCCCAACUACCCGGGUAGCUACGGCUACCAGAAUGGCGGAGCAAUCAUCGCCAGCUCGGUGGGCGCCACCGUGACCAUAGCCCUUGGAUUGGCCUUGGGCGGCAUGAGACUUUGAUGCGGCUGCAGCGUGGGAUCGUUUUUUUUUUAAAUUUUUUUUAAUUAGUCUCUUAGCUUAAUUUAUGUAAACUUUUCAGUUGUGUAAAUUCUCCAUUAUUUACUAAAACAUAAAAUGCUUUCUACUGCAAGGUGGUUUGUUGUCAGAAUGAA